CUUGUUUCUGAUGAGUGAACGAUAACCGGCGGUAAUCGAUGACUUCGGAUGUUGGUGAGAUCUCGCUGAGAAGCCUCUUGUGAAAUUUCUCGCCCCAGACACCUCAUAUCUUCCCGAGGUCACGUCAGUUACUACAUCUUGCACCGCAAACCGUCGUAAUCCGGGUUCCGAGUGAUUGCUUCGUGUAUAGCGACAAGCACAGCUACCUUUGUACUCUGAGCUUUUAGGAAGACUGUGCCUUACCAUACACCCCGAGCAUUUCAUUGGUUGAUUCUGAUAUUGAGCUUAUUAUACUCGACUCGGGAUCCGCGAAGAUGAGCACAUCAUCCUCUCGCGUGGUGGACGUCCACACUCACAUGUACCCUCCCCGCUAUGUCGAACUCCUGGAAUCAAGAGACACCAUACCCCUGAUUCGGAAGUUCCCUGGCGCAGAAGAUCCACGAUACAUUAUUUUGCCCGCCGAGGCCGAGUCACUCAAGAAUAUAGGAGAUGAUGCAUCGUCAAGUCACCUGCCCGGCCGGCCGGUGACAUCGCACUAUUCCUCGCUGAAGCAAAAGAUUCACUUCAUGGACACACACAAGAUAGACAUCUCUGUCAUCUCUCUGGCAAACCCAUGGCUCGACUUUGUGGCAUCAGAAGAAGCAGGCGAGACAGCCAAGACGGUCAACCAGGAGUUCUCAUCCAUGUGCGCCGAGUAUCCCGGCCGGCUCUUCUUCUUCGCGACUCUACCCCUGACCGCACCAACCGACGUCCUCCUCUCAUCUAUAGAGAACGUCAAGAACCUUAAGUACUGCCGCGGCGUCAUCCUCGGCACUUCCGGUCUAGGCAAAGGGCUCGACGACCCCAACCUGCUACCUGUCUUCAAAGCACUAGCAGCCAACAACCUGCUCAUCUUCCUACACCCGCACUACGGCCUACCCAGUGAGGUUUGGGGUCCCCGCGCCACAGAAGAAUACGGCCACGUCCUCCCGCUCGCCCUAGGCUUCCCCCUCGAAACCACUAUUGCCGUCGCACGCAUGUACCUAGCGGGGGUAUUCGAGCAAGUCCCUUCGCUGCGCAUGCUUCUCGCGCAUAGCGGUGGCACGCUGCCUUUCCUGGCGGGUCGCAUCGAGAGUUGUAUAGUGCAUGAUGGACACCUAGUCCGGGAGGGUAAAGUAGGACCGGGGAGGAGGACGAUAUGGGAGAUUUUGAAGGAGCAGGUUUAUUUGGAUGCGGUGAUUUAUUCCGAGGUGGGUCUGAAGGCGGCGAUUGAGGCGAGUGGUGUGGAUAGGUUGAUGUUUGGGACUGAUCAUCCGUUUUUUCCGCCGUUGGGGAGCGAUGAGCAGGGAGUUUGGGAGAGUAUGAGUUGGAAUCGGGAGGCGGUCGAGAAGGCGUUGGGGGUGGGAAGUGAGGGGAUGGAGAGGGUUAUGGGAGGGAACGCGGUGGAGAUUUUGAGACUACGUGAGGAUGAAGUGUGAAAGCUCGGUAGCUUGUGCAGAUGGCUCUUCCUGUAUAAUUAUUCGAUUUGAGGCAGGAAUUUCAGGGCCGAUGGUCAGGGAUGACUACACAUUUCCGAGAUAUGCAAUGGUUUAACGAGAUAAAUUGGACUACUAGAGACCUUAUAGUAAGGGUCCACCUCUUUUUUGAUGGUUGGUUUGAAACGAAGGUCGGACGUCACAGAAGCUGACAUGCUUCUCAAAUAUUCGUCCAACUACAAGUUCGGAGGAUUCAUAAACAGAUAUUGGUGUCCUUGGAUUCAU